UUGUAAAGAACAAAAAAAUAAACCUGACCUUUGAGCAUGUAAAUGUUUACAUAUUUACACUUUGAUAUUAAUGACAUAGCAAGUAAAAAUUUUUAAUUAAACCGAAAAAUGCCUCUGAGGAAGAUAAAAGUAUUAGAACUAGCAGGUCUAGCUCCAGCGCCUUUUUGUGGGAUGAUUUUAGCAGACUUUGGAGCUUCAGUGGUUCGGGUUGACAAGACAGGUGUUUCACAUCCUGAUGUUUUAGCAGCUGGUAAAAAGUCAAUAUCUCUAAAUUUAAAAGACAAGAAAGCCGUAGAAAUAUUCAAGAAAAUGUGUGACCAGAGCGAUGUCAUCAUUGAUCCUUUCAGAAAAGGAGUGAUGGAAAAGUUAAAACUAGGUCCUAGUGAUUUGAUGAAGACUAAUAAAAAAUUAAUUUACGCUAGACUUACUGGUUUUGGUCAGGAAGGUCCCUAUGCCAGAAUGGCUGGUCAUGAUAUCAACUUCUUGGCUCUAUCAGGUUUACUGUCAUUUUUUGGCAGAUCUGGUGAUAAACCUCUGCCACCUGUUAAUUUCGCAGCUGACUUCGCCGGUGGUGGACUAAUUUGUGCGCUAGGAAUACUACUAGCUCUCUAUGAACGCACAGAGAGCAAACUGGGGCAAAUAAUUGACGCUUCUAUGGUCGAAGGAGCUGCUUAUGUCGGCAGUUGGCUGUUUAGAUCACAAAAUAUUCCUGGAUUGUGGGGAAGACCUCGCGGUAAAAAUAUACUUGACUCUGGAACGCAUUUCUAUGACACCUAUGAAACUUCAGAUGGUAAAUUCCUAGCCGUUGGAGCCCUGGAACCUCAUUUCUACGCGAUUUUACUCCAGAAAUUAGGAAUGAACGACGAGGAGCUUCCUCAGUUUGAAAACUUCCUGGAAAAUAAAAAGAAAUUGACUGAAAUAUUCAGAUCCAAAACCCAGGAAGAGUGGACGAAGAUAUUUGACGGCUCUGAUGCGUGUGUCACUCCAGUCCUGACUCCCAAAAAUGUCUACAAGCAUCCUCACAACAAGGAACGGCAAAGUUUUAGCUUGGAAAAUAAAAUAGUUGUUCCUAAACCUGCUCCCAGGUUGUCUCGCACUCCAGGACAGUCUUCUGCAAAGCUUCAGAGCCCCUUAGCUGGGGAAAAUUCACGGGAAGUGUUACUCAACUACGGAUUCGAUGAACGAGAGAUCAAUGAAUUUAUUCAGUCGGGAAUUGUUCAGCAGCUUCAUAGAUCUAAGCUUUAAUUUUAUUUUUGACUUGUUAUUUUUUAUUAUAUAAAUUUUAUAAAUCAUUUUUUAUUAAAAAUUUGGAGAU